AUUUCACAUCAAGACCCUAUAUAAAGACGCUCUAUAUCCAAGUAUUGCAAAAUGGAAUGCGCAUCCUCUCAAAAUGAACAACCUCAAAUUCCUUUCAGCGAUCUUCGGUCGCCGUCGACAAGACCCUCCUCCGGCUCUAGACAUAUCUCCCGAUUCGAAUGAACAUCUUCUUGCACGGCAUGACUUUGCCUAUACGGCGGAUAUCUUCGUCGAGAACGAACACGGCCCAGUCUACCCCUUUCUACUUGUGAGUUUCCGGUCCGACUUCAACUUCAUGGCCGCCGAGGUCUCGAAAGAUCUAAAGCUCGAAGUGGAGCCAUAUUCAGGAUCACCGUUAGACGUCCCGGGCCAAGGUAAUACGCAGCCGAUUGGAAGCCUUGUGAUUAGGUGGAAAAUGAAGAAUGGCCAUGAGGUCUAUCAAACCAAGUUUAUGGUGAUCCCGACUCGCAGCUUUGGCCUUUUGCUCGGUAGAUCCUCUGCCAAGGAGUGUUGUUUGUCUCAGUACGACCCGGAAAUCGCGUGGAGACUGCAUGCCUUCUAUAAAAUCAGCAGCGUUACCCAGGUAGAGAACACCCCAACGCCCGAAGGGUUCGACUGGCCAGCUAUUGUUUUCACUCAGCGCAAAUUAUUUCACAUGACCAUAGGCCUCCAUACUCAAGCCGAGGCGAAUUUUAUGACAGCGGCAGCGUGUGGACGGAUGCAAUUGCAGACAGAGUCUUGUAAUGAAGUCCGCUUUCGGGUGCGAAGCUGGUGGCCAGCGUCGGAGGUUGUGGCUACGCGCAUCAUUCGAGACGCCAAGUUUUAUUUUGAUUGUGAUAGCGGUUGUACCGUCUACAACGGCAGCUUUUUCGUGGUCGAUUGGGACCAGUCAGUCACUGAUAUUAUCAUCGGUGGCAGGAGCCUCGCGAAAACCAGGAUUUUGACCUUGCGCCAAGGUACCUGAGCCUACUUUUCUCGUGGGGAGAAGUCAGCUCUUUAUGCCCUUGGGCGUAGUGUAUUCUCGACCAUUUUCGACAUUUUUGAA